UUAUUACAUCUUAUAAUUUAAAUUUACCGCUGUUACAUAUAAGAUAAGAAGACAUGCUAUCUAGCAAUAUAGUACUUACUUCAAACGUGUCAAAAUCUCUCGAGAUUUGUAACAUUUCACAUCGAAGAACAUAAAUUACAAUUUUGUGAAAAUGGGAUUAAAGUUUGGAAAUCUUAAAAAACUAAGUGGUAUUACAUUUUUUCGCCUUAGUCCACAUGAACAAAGAGCUUUUGCUGGAGUAGGUGAAGCUACUGGUAGAAUGAUAAAACGUCUCAGAUCAAAUAUUUUAGUUGCUGGACCUUUUUUCCUUUUAAGUUAUGUCAUAAUGGAAUGGGCUACUGAAGAAAACCAUAAAAUGCACCGUAAAAAUCCAAAAGACUAUGAAAAUGAUGUAUAAAUAUUUUAAAUUUAUGAUAUUGCUUAUAACUUUACACUAAUUA